CCCCACCCACACCCUGCCCUCAUAGUGAAAGAGUUUGUGCAGCACAGGCUACAGUCUGUCCAGUCUCAGAGAGUCCCCUGAAUUGGGAAAGUGCAACUCUGCCACUAUUACUCUAUUGCUGCUUCUUCCUACUCACACCUAUUUGUCUGCAUGUUGGGCUGAGCUCCAGGAGACGGCAGACUCUCCCCCAGGACACGUAGAACUCCAGCUCUAUACAGAGAACAAGCAGCUGUGGGAAAGGAAAGAGCUUCAGUAGUAGCAGCAGCGCUGGGGGACAUGACAACCUGAUCAUCUCUGCAACAUGUGCACCCAACAAACUCACUCUUUCACCCACACCAACACAAACACAACAUUUUCAAUAGACUGAAGGAACUUUACCACGUCUUGCAAUCAUUUUACAGAGAUAUUUUUUAUCUAUAUUUUUGGACCCUGAUCUGAACAAACCUUCCUCCAUUUAUUUGUAAAAAAAACACACGUGUCGUUUGGGAUUUUUCGGAGACAUCUGGAAUAAUGGAUAAGAGCUGCCUGGUCAGUGACACACAGACGGUUCCCAGGGAAGAGCCAUUCGUGAGCAGCUACAGACUGGGGGCCCACGAGUUGGGCAGGGGGAAAUUUGCGGUGGUCAGGAAAUGUGUGGAACUGGCCAGUGGCAAGGAAUACGCCGCCAAGUUCCUGAGAAAACGUAGAAAAGGCGAGGAUUGCCGCAGCGACAUCAUCAAUGAAAUUGCCAUCCUGGAAAUGGCCAGAUUCUCCCCAUACGUGGUGGAUCUUCACGAGGUCUACGAGACCAACAGCGAAAUCAUCCUCGUCAUGGAAUAUGCGGCGGGGGGUGAAAUCUUUGAGCAGUGUGUGGCCGACCAGGACGAGGGUUUCACGGAGAAAGAUGUGGUGCGACUGAUCCGGCAGAUUCUGCAGGGGGUGUUACACUUGCACCGGAGCAAUGUCGUGCAUCUCGACUUAAAGCCCCAGAAUAUCCUGCUGACGAGUAAUAAUCCUCUUGGGGACAUUCGUAUUGUGGACUUUGGGCUCUCCAGACGGGUAGAUGCCAUAAAGGAGAUCAGAGAGAUUCUGGGGACCCCAGAGUAUGUUGCGCCUGAAGUGCUGAACUAUGAGCCAAUAAGCACCGCAACGGAUAUGUGGAGUAUUGGGGUGCUGACCUACAUCAUGCUUACAGGGGUAUCACCAUUCCUAGGAGACACCAAACAAGAGACUUUCCUAAACAUUUCCCAAGUCAACAUUCAGUACGCGCAGGAAGAGUUUGAAGGCAUCUCAGAUCUGGCCAUAGACUUCAUCAAGUGUCUGCUAAUGAAGAAUCCCAGGAAGAGAAUGCGAGCGGAUCAAUGCCUGAAGCACCCUUGGCUCUCUUCACCCAAUGAUUGUGAAGCAUUAGAGGAGACGACCAUUGAAGAGAAGGAGGUGGAGGCGCCUGAGCUUUCUGAAGAACUAGUUCUCUUGGCUUCUUAUACUGUUCAUUGCCCUUGCCGGCAGUUGGAGAGCCGGGACUCCAUAGAGGCUGAACUCAAGACAGUAAGACAUCAGUUUAAUGCACUUCAGGAGAUCCAGUCUGAGGUGGUCUGUUAAGUCUAUUUCGUUUGCUUAAACUAAAGAGUUAGCACUGGAAAUAGAGAAGCUUGGAGAAAGCCCCAGGCCUUCAUGAGGGACGAGUAGAGAAGAAGAGUUUGCCAGGACUGGAGAGGACCUGAUGAACAUUGUAGUGGAGCAAAAACAAGCUGCUGAUCUUCUUGGGAAGCUCCAUCAAUAUUUGGCCCAACUGAGAUUUCAUUCAACGUUUGACUUGACCUCUUUGUUACUUUGGCCUCAUAUUUGUGAAGCUGAUGUUGGACUUUCUAACACUUCUCAAAGUGUCACUUCGAUGCCUGUGGAGCACGUAGUUGCAGGCAAAGGUUUGAUUUUUAUUGUACGUUUAGACUUAUAGAUUCUCCCUGUUCAUGUUGGAGUAUUUGUUUUAAAGCUUAAAGGGGACAAAUAAACGCCCCUAUAAAUUAAUGUCAAUUGCUCUUCAGAGUGGAUUUUUAUGAAGUUUUUACCUCCUAUUAACCCUUGCUGUUCUGUGUGGGCACUGGCCUGGCUCAUGUAGGAGGCAUCUGCCCUGCUUCCCUGUUUAUUUCUAUUGCUCAGUCAGAACAGCAGGGGGCGCUCCAGUUACACAUUCUUAUUGUAACAAAUACUAAUUACACUCAGCAGUUGGACAUCGCUAUAGGGGUGGGUAUAUAUGUGCGUCCAAUCACGUCUGCCUUCUGACCAAUUGCAUGGCUGAAGCCAGAGGUUAGAGCCGUGCCAAAGCCAUUAGCAAAGAGGCAUUUAAAAGCUGGACAUAUGAGCUUGCAAUCAUGAAUACUUUAUGUGUGCACUGAAUAUUUAAAAAAGAUUAUUAUUAUUAUUAUUAUUGCACUUGAAACAAUGAUGUUAAUUGUACAUAUGUGAGAAGCAGCUUCUCCAUCAGAAAGUGGACUUAUUAUAUUAGUGGAAUAUUUCAUGUGAAUGUUGCCUCUAUAGAAAUAAAGGAAAAUAAUACAAAUAAUGUGUAUUUAUAGACUCAGACAAUCGAUCACCUGCUUCUGCA